AUGCCUCUUGGCGCGUUUUCUAAACACCUCACAAAGUUGCAUCGACUCCAUGAUUUACUCACCAGGAUUCUAAAUCGUAGUGGUGGUACUUUCAUGUUUAGAGGACCUUGGUUCGCUAACAUGGAUAUGCUUAUUACCACAGACCCAUUAGAUAUCCACCAUGUUUUGAACAAGAACUUCUCUAAUUAUCCAAAAGGCCCAAAAUUCCGCAAAAUAUUUGAUAUCCUCGGAGAUGGAAUAUUUAAUGUCGAUGGGCAUUUAUGGGAGAUCCAGCGCAAAACCACCAUGUCCCUCUUUAGGCAACCCAACUUUCAAAGUGUUUUCGAAGCGAUUGUUUGGAAUAAGGUGGAAAGAGGGCUUUUACCGGUGUUAGAAUCUAUUUGCAAACCAGGCAAGGAGAUGGAUUUGCAGGAUAUAUUCCAAAGGUUCACUUUUGACACUAUAUGCACGUUGCUCUUAGCCUUUGACCCAAAAAGCUUGUCUCUUGAUUUCCCUUUCCUUCCUUAUGAGAAGUCGUUAUCAGACAUUGAAGAAAGUAUAUUGUACAGGCAUUUUACGCCUCCAAUUUUUUGGAAAUUGCAACAACUACUUAGAAUGGGGAAUGAGAAGAAGUUAAGUGAAGCAUUUAAUGCUUUUGAUCACUUCGUGUGCAAGUGCUUAGCUAGAAUACAACAUGAGUCUUGUAGUAUUGAUACAGAAAGUGAACACGGAAGGGAACAUUUUGGAUUAGCAUCAUUGAUUAGAGAAUUCAAACACCAAAGUGGAAGUAGUGGAGACCCCAACAAGUUUUUAAAAGAAACCAUAAUGAACCUAAUUGGUGCUGGGAGAGAUACAACUAGCACAACUCUCUCAUGGUUUUUCUAUCUCAUUACAAAAAAUCCUAUCGUAGAGGACAAGAUCCGCGAGGAGAUUCAAACGUUUCUGCAGGUGAAAGUAAAAGAUCAGAAGAACUGGAAUUCCAAAGAGUUAGGCAAACUGGUUUAUCUUCAUGGGGCUCUAUGCGAAGCCUUGAGGCUUUACCCUCCUGUUCCUUUUAACCACAAAACUCCAUUACAACCAGAUAUACUUCCAAGUGGCCACCACGUUAAUCAAAACACCAAGAUUAUGCUAUAUUUCUAUGGCAUGGGAAGGAUGAAAACGAUAUGGGGAGAGGACUGCAUGGAAUUUAAGCCUGAAAGAUGGAUUUCAAAGGAAGGAGGAAUCAAACAUGAAGCUUCUAACAAGUUCUCGGCAUUUAAUAGUGGGCCGAGGACUUGUAUUGGUAAGGACAUGAGUUUCACUCAGCUAAAGAUAGUGGCUUCUACGAUCAUUUAUCAUUAUCACAUUGAGUUGGUAGAAGGUCACCCUGUAUGCCCAAGUGCUUCAAUAGUACUUCAGAUGAAGCAUGGGUUGAAAGUGAGGUUAACCAAACUAAGUGAAGUGAAUAUAUGA